AUGUUCAGUGAUAUAUCUAAGUGGUUGGUUUACUCUUGGUAUCUGUUUGAAGCGUUAAUUAGCUACAUGGCUGUCCGGCUCUCCCCGGAUUUAAGGAACAUCGGUACAAAUGCUUCCGUUCCGCACGCCCUGACACAUUUACCUGCUUUAAAAAAGCACUCGGUCGCGAAUAGUCAAACAUCAGAAGCCCAGAAGCCCGGCGAUCAAAGAAGUCAAGAGGAGCUCAUAGAGGCUAGGCCGGAUUAUUCGCGCCCGUCGCCGUUUAUUCCGUUCUCGCAAGUCAAACUAGAAGAGCACAAUAUUAGAUUGCCGUUGGUAAAAUUGAAUUUCCUACGAUUAAUUUCUUGUUUAUGCUUGAUGUUUGCAGGCACAGACGCGCUGAGGAUGCUGGAACUGAUGGUUCCGCAGCACGUGGUCCGCGGGCAGAACAUCAGAUUGGAGUGCAACUUCAAUUUAGACGGGGAAUUAUUGUACUCGGUAAAGUGGUACAAAGACGGGAACGAGUUCUAUCGAUUCGUGCCACAGGACAGACCGCCGGUGCUCGUCUUUCAGCUGCCAGGUGUCACGGCGAAUAUUCAUAAUUCAACCGAGAGAUCGGUGGUUCUGUACUCGGUGAAUCUGAUGAGCAGCGGAAGAUACAGAUGCGAAGUGUCAGCGGAGGCGCCAUCUUUCCAAACGGUCUCCGAUCACUCGGACAUGCUGGUAGUGGCCCUGCCAGAAGACGAGCCGGUUAUCACUGGCAGGCCAGGGAGGCACCGCUAUCAGGUCGGUGAUGUGGUGCGGUUCAAUUGCACUUCGGCGAAAUCGAAGCCAGCUGCCAUGCUCAGCUGGUUCAUCAACGGGGAGCCUGUCGACACGCAAUACUUGAAGGGGCCCCACAUCACCGAGGUGGAUCGCGAGGGUCUGGAGACGGCAGUAUUAGGACUAGAGUUCCGUCUGCGUACGAAGCACUUCAAGAGGGGCGACCUGAAGAUCAAAUGCCUAGCGACGAUAGCGACCGUAUAUUGGAAAUCGAACGAGCUUAGCAUAGAGGGUGAAAGGCCCCUCAAGAUGCCAGUUAUGGAGAGCAGGGAGACAAGGGCACAAGGCCAUACGCACGCAGAACAUAUCUUAGGUGGAAGCGGAUGCGGCAUGUUAGCACCCAGCGUCUUUCUAGUGAUCACGAGUUUAUUGACUCUACGAUAAAAAAAAAAGAAAAAAGGGACACAAGGCGGUGCCGCGUGAUUUUCGUGCUCAUCCUUUUUAAAGGCCUCCAAGUUGAUUUGUGUGGAGAAGCCCUGUGUACAAAAUUAUCCGUGUUGUUUCUAUUUUUUAUAAUCGCAGUUAGUGCAGUUAGCGUGACAUAGGCGGGGAAAUAUAUACAUCAGUACGUUUUAGUGUUAGUGAUGGAAGGACCUGUAAAUUCGUACUUAACUGGAUCUACCUGUCAAUCUCCCUGUUCGUCUGAUAAAAUUUCUAUCUCUUAC